AUGAACACAAUGAUGUCAAAGAACGAUGAAAUUGAUGAUUUUAUUGGUAUUUUUCCUGCUACAGUAGAAUUUCAGCUUUGGAUGUUGCAUCCAUAUGACAAAAAUGGCAAAGAAAUAGCAUUCCAAGGAAUUAGAUAUUGUACCGAUGAUGACACAUGUCAAUGUAAAAGAUGUAAAAGAAAUCGAAUAAAUGAAUGGCCUUAUGAACGAUCAUUGUCUGCAAAUCUUUUACAUUUAACUGGUCUACAUAUGAAUGAUAUUAAUUAUAGUGAAGUCACUAAAUUUGAAGAAACUCUAGUCUUCGAUUAUCUAAGACAUCUUCAUGAAUUUUGGAAAUAUGUUACUGGAUUAUGUUUAUUAGCUGGUGAAAAUGGAAUUGAAAUAUUACGCCAAUUCAAUAAUGGAUUAUUUGACAAAGCUUUUGUAUACGAUCGUCAACUUCAUAUACCUUGUCCAAAUAUUCCAGAUCCGAACAGAAAUAAAAAAAUACUUCAAUAUUGUAGAGAAAAAUAUAAAAUGUUACAUGAAACUUUAAAAACUGAACCUUUUUGA